AUGCCUGAGGGGCGAAGCCUCUCCAUUGGUAGCGGGAUAUCGAAGGAGAGAUUCAACGAACUGCGAGCGAUAGUCGAAAAAGCGGCCCAGGGAAAGAAAACAUUUACUGUAUUCGGAAAAUACACUACAAUAAGGGACGCCCUAAAGGCGAGGGGGUGGAUCCAGAAUUUUGACUUGCAAAAACUGAGCACGCCGAGGCAGAGGCAGGCACAAGACGAUGUGAGCGUUGCCGCAAGGAUCGAAAGUACAGGAGACGAAGAACGGCAAGUUUUGUCAAGGCUUCUUCGCCAUGUUCCAGUCAGCUUUGUAUGGGCCACUUCUGAACCUAUUGACUGGAAUAACUUAUCGAAAUCGACCAUUGUGUCCAGAUUCCCAAGGGUUUUCUUUACAACCAAAAUCGGUAUUGCCAGUUACCUUGGCGAAUCCCAUUGGUUCGUAGGUCCUGGUAUAAAUGCGAGGUUUCCAAGAUGCCACAUUCUCUCAUCACAAGAAGAUUACGAAUUAUUCGUGGCAGAUUUUCGUAUCACUGCUUGCUUGGGAUUUUUAAACACACUGCUUGCAGCAAUUGAAAACCAAACGCCAAACCUGUUCACUGGAAGUGGCAAGGUUCCACUGAAGGCGAUCGAGUUUGCUGUACGGAGAAUAUCCGAGCACGUUUCCUAUCGGCAGCAUGAUGAUAUAGAUAAAGGAAACGAAGAAAAGAUAUGGGACCAUCAAUGGGAACAGUUUUUGACUCACUAUUACCAAUGCGUUCACUCUGGCGAGCCUUUCCAGGUCGCGACUGACUUGCAAAUUCAGGAAAUGUAUACCUGCGCUAAAAUGGCUGUUGACUCGAUCCGACCAUAUUGGCCACAAAUGGCCAUGGAUGGUACCAAUAACGUGUGGAUAGUGAAGCCUGGAGCAAAGUCGAGAGGAAGAGGUAUUCAAGUUAUCAACAAGCUGGAGCAAGUCCAACAAAGGUUAGGGGCUUUCAAUGCUAACGAUCCAAGGCUUGUAAUUCAGAAGUACAUUGAAAAACCGCUUCUCAUAUGCAAUACAAAAUUUGACAUUAGACAAUGGUUCUUGGUUACAAGUAUUUAUCCUCUGACAAUUUGGAUGUACAAAGAAUGUUACCUUAGGUUCUGUUCUCAUAUAUUUUCUUUAACUAACAUGCAUGAAUCAGUGCAUCUGAGUAAUAAUGCCAUUCAGUGCAAAUAUAAGAAUGAAAAAAAGAGAGACCGUUCGCUACCUGAUGAAAAUAUGUGGGAUUCUUUGACUUUUCAAGCCUAUUUAAGAACUAUUGGGCAUUCUGAUAAGUGGGACAAAAUCAUAUAUCCAGGAAUGAGAGGUGCAUUUACAUGUGCCCUACUGGCAGCCCAAGAUCAUGUGUCUCCACGACCCAAUACUUUUGAGCUUUAUGGAGUGGACUUCAUGCUUACUGAGGACCUACAGCCUUGGUUAAUAGAGAUCAAUUCUUCACCCUGUAUGAGCCCCACAACGAGUGUCACUGCCCGACUUUGUCCUCAAUGCUUGGAGGACAUUAUCAAAGUUGUAAUUGACCGAAGAUCCAAUAAAGAUGCAGAUACUGGAAUGUUUGAGCUAGCUUAUCGCCAAGAUGUGUCAAAUCCUCCUCCUUACACUGGGAUGAACCUAACUGUCCGUGGUAUGAAGCUGAGAACUGGACCUAGAAUUUCAAGGUCAGAGGAAAUUAAGACUGAUCACAAUCGUGGGAUGAAGGAGGCGAUUAGAAGGUUAUCAGAACAGUUGAAGGAAGAUUCAUCUUCAGAAGUUAGAAUUUCUUCAGCUGAAAGUCGUGAGGUCAGAAAAGAACCUGAAAAGCGAAAAAAGGUAAAACGCCAUUGCUGCUCAGGAAGACCCUCAAUCUCUCAGGCAGUGCAAAGGUAUAGGAUGUCGAAAAAUAGUGAAACAGUGUCAAAAAGAAUCAACAGUUGCAAUGAGUUGUAUGACUGGAAAAAACGUAUCGAGCGUACCAAGCUGGACUGUAAGACAACAAUAAUGAACUUCAACAAUGAGAAAUCUCUACGAGAUCAAACUGAAGAAAGAAAAGAGGCAGAAUCCCCAGAACCAAGACCAAGAUCAAGAUUACCAGAAAUAAAAAGAAAAGAUUUCAAUAAUAAUAUCCAAGUUUCAAGAAAUCUUAAUAUGUUUCCUCAACAUAAAAUACCAUCUCCAAUUAAGAGGACCAUUUUAGAAACUGUCAAUGUUGCAUAAAGUAACUUUGUUUUUUCCAAUAUCAUUUUGAUUUUUAUACUUCAUCUUAAUAAAUGGAUUAAUUUUAAUGAAUGACUUAUUUUGAACAGAACAUAGGAAUAUAAUAAAAGUUAUCCUUUCUAUGAAAAACAAAGAAAAUUUUGAAAAUAUUGACAGAACAAGACAAACUUCUUUUUUCAUUAUUAUAACAAUCAUAUUACAUUAACUCUAAUAUACUGUGAUUUGCUUUAUUAUAAUUGUACCUACUGAUAAAAUAGUAUAAACAAAAAUUUUAUAUAUGGAUGGCUUACCUCUAACACCUUGUAAGUCCAUUAAAUAUUAAAAUAAAUUUAAAAAACACAUUGAAUUUCAAAAAUGCUUGAAUCUUCCAAAUUGAAAAUCUUCCAGAAUUUCACUGAAGUUACCACUUUAUUGUUCAUUUUUUGUUAUUCAACUUCAUCUUUCCUACCAUCUUUGUUGUUGGGUAGUCUUUCUGGAACUGUUCCUCUUCUUCACACUUAGUAGAAGUGUGCUAGUGGGUCCAUAACAGAUUUUUAUCCAUAAUUAUAUUAUAGAUUAUAAGUAUUGAAGUAAAUGAGUAUGCAUUUGUUACUUUCAAGCCUUUAAAACUUUAGUGAAUUGGACUUACAAGGUUUUAAGUAUUUUACAAGAUCAAAAGUUAUGCUUUUAAGUAUAGCAUAAAUUCUAUAAUGGUCCAGCUUACUAAGAUAUUCUGUUGUUUAAAAGUACCAUUUUGUUAUGAAGUAGUAAUCAAUAUAUCUGUAUCUGUAUUUUUUGUUUUAUUAUAUAAAUGCUUAACAUUACAUUUAAUUGUUAUUAGCAGCCUUAGUCAAGCCAAUAUUCAUUGAUAUUAUGACGGAAAACGUGGUUCAGAGGCAAUUCAACAGUCUGGUUAUAAUUAUUAUUUGAUCUUUUUUUUAAAUAUUUAAUUAUAAUCUUAAGUGACCUAAGGAGACAUGUGUUACAUAGAGAGUUUUUCUGAAUGAAUUGAAAAGCAAAAUAUGGCUGUGCUUUAAAUAUGAUUGUUAAGAGUUUUAUUUAUUUAUUUUUUAUGAAGCUGAAUUGAGGUGUGAUUUCAGAUUUAAAAAAUGAACCAAUAAAAAUUUCACUGCCAAUUUAGUUUACUUAAUCAUGAUAUUUACAAACUUUCUUGUAGUUCAAAAGUCCACUAAAAUCAUAAGUUAAAAUCAGAGAGCUUAACUCACUGCCUUGUAUUAU